CCAGCCACCGCCAUAACCCAGCUAUAAAUAUCCAAUACCAACUUAACUUUUGAUCUGCUAUUCCUACUUUAAUUUUGGUCGAUCCUUAAGUUGUGGUUUUUGAAGCUCUGAAGGAGAUGGAGGGCGGGUCGUCGGCUUCGUAUUACAGUGUUCUGGGUGUUGAUUCAGAGUCAUCUACGGACGAAAUCAAGAGCGCUUAUCGGAAACUUGCUAUGCGGUAUCAUCCUGACAGGUGGACAAGAAGCCCUUCUCUGCUGGGCGAAGCCAAGAGAAGGUUCCAGGAGAUUCAAGAAGCUUAUUCGGUGUUGUCGGAUCAGAGGAAGCGAACAAUGUACGAUGCAGGGUUAUACGAUCCGGAUGAGGAAGAAGACGAGGGGUUGUGUGAUUUUUUGCAAGAAUUGGUGUCACUAAUGGCGGAAUCGAGACGAGAGAAGAAGAGCUAUAGCAUGGAGGAUUUGCAGGCAAUGUUCUUGGAGAUGGCUCAAGGAUUCGAGUCUCCUUUUGGGUUCAGUGGAACAACUUCCACGGCUGAUUUUGAGCAAGUUCAAUCAGCUGGGUGCGCAAAGAGAACGCGUUUGGAAUCUAAUAAUCCAAGCGUCUCCACAGGCUCGACUAUAGGGAUGCAUGGAGGACCUGGAUUGUUUACAUUUUAAGACAGGCUAUACAUAUAUGUUGAUGAUGAUAGAGAUGGGAGAAUCAGAAACAAAUGAUCGGAUCUCAAUUGUAAUUUGUUUGAACGGGCUAGAGACCUGGUUUUUUGUAAAACUUCUGAGUGGGCUUGCGUGGGCUUGACAACUAUAGAUCCUCAAUGGGCCUGUUUUGUUCCUUUGAUGAUGAACUCCUUGUUGAACACUCUUGUCCUUCUUUAGAGGCAUUGGUCCGAACCUUGCCACCGUUUUCCUAGUGUCGUUUUUUUA